AUGAAGACCAGGCUUCAACCAGCGCUGGAGUUGCUGCCUGUUGAGCUCUGGGAAGAGAUCUUUGCUUGCUUACCUCCUCGCACAGCCUUAUAUCCACCUACCGGCAUCUCCUUCGAGCUCAAUCGAAUUGCAAUCCAGUGCCACCUCCGCCGUCACGGUCUCCAACUGGACUCCUUCCUGCAGCCCACCCUUCGGUUAGCGGCAGAUGGGGGCUUGUUGACGGUGCUUUCCCUAUACAUCACUCGGGAGGAGCUCAUCACCGAAGAACUCGAGUUUCAUGCUUCGUGGCCCAGUACAGCGAUAGACAUCGCACGGGCGCUUGGCCGUCUUGAACGUCUAGUCUAUCGGCUGCCGCGGCUGCGUACACUCCAUAUAUUCUUUGGGUCCAACUUGUAUCGCUUUUCCGACGCCGUCCGUAUGCUCGUAUGUGCCGUCUUUGCGGCGCUGGCGAAACGGAUUUCUCUGGGUGGUCCGGUCUUGAUUUGCUCGUCUCGCGUGCUGUUCUCAUGCACCGUGGACAACUUGUACAUCGACAUGCCCCGCGCGCGGAUGUGUAAUCCUCUAUUCCACAUACGCUGUCUGCAUCCUGAGCCGUGCUUGCUCCCGCCGUUUCUCCUCGACGCAAAGUUCCGACUCUGUUCUGACAACUUAGAGCAGAACACGGCCGGAAUCCUACUCUUGAACAGCAGAAAUGCAUCAUACUUCUCCUGGGGAGACCUCACCCCGGUCCAUAUCCGACCUCUUUCCGGCAUUGUAUUCGAAAACGCGCGCUUUCAUCGUCUUAUCACGCUUCACCUCUCCCAACAUGUCGCUCUUUCCUACCUCGUGGCGUUUCUCGAGAAUCACCCCCACCUAGAGCGUCUCGAGUAUCGAAUCGCAGGAGCUGCGGAUGAUCCCUGCAACUGCAGCACUGGCAGUCUUCUGCCCCGCCCCAACCUUCCAGAAUCCCGAAUCAAAGUUCUGCAGCUUAACCUUGGGAAGGCCGACGGCGACGCCAUACACUUGCUCAAUUUGCUAUCCAACGCACCGCGGCUGAGCUCGUUUGAGCUCCUCGUUGACGAUAUUGGGAUCAACAGCCUCGCUUUGACGCUCAGAACCAUCGCAGUUCUGGCGGAAUCAUCAUCCGAAUCAGGCCAAGACCUCUCUGUCCAUCUCAUGCCAGAAACGGCAAAAUCUAUGUUUCUGUGGUCGAGCGACAAUGCCUCCAUUGCACCCUUGCUCGUCUUCCUUCGCCGCCUAGAUCUAACCCUCCCGUCAUUCUCCGUCGCGCAAGCAAUACUGCCUUGGCUUCGACAGAUACCACAUCUGGCCCACCUAGCGUUCACCAUUAAACCAUCUUAUAACCAGAGAAAGACGCAGUCUGCGUUGCUACGCAAGUUUCAGGAAACUAUGGAGCGGAGAGAGCUGGCGGCAGACGAGAAGCAUUUGCUUCGCGAGUGUCAUCUGAUACUGAAAAAUGUGGAUGUGUCGUGUAUGGUAGAGCAGCCGCGACCGUCUUCCUCGAGACCGACGCCUAGCAUGCGGUUGUUUUGA